GUGUACUACCACGUUAUUGUACUACCUACCAUUCAAAAUAAAGAAAUUUCGUAGUGAUCAUAAUUCUAAAUUCUGAUAGGAUUCUAUUUGCUUUUCUUGAAAAUCUUCAAAGAGAAGUCACCAAUUGUCGUUCAAAUUUCAAUCUCUCUCCUAAAUUUUCAAUCAAAUUCAAAACCGAAUUUCAGAAAUCAAUCAAAUACCAUCAUCAUCAUCCUCAAGAUGAUGCACAUGACUUUUUAUUGGGGCACAAAAGUGACCUUACUAUUCGAUUUCUGGAGAACCGAUUCAUGGCUCAGUUACUCACUCACCCUCCUCUUCUGCUUCCUCUUCUCCGCCUUUUACCAAUACAUGGAAGAUCGCCGCCUCUGCGUUUUAGCCAUGGGGAUCAUCCCGCCACCGUCUAAUCAACCGUCGUCCUCCGCCAACGGUAACGCUACAACCCCUUUUCUCCACCCGCGACUCGGAACUCGGUUGAGUAAAUCAGCCCGAUUCGCCACCGCCGUGUUGUUUGGAGUUAACUCGGCGAUUGGGUAUGUUUUGAUGCUCGCUGUUAUGUCGUAUAAUUAUGGUGUUUUGAUCGCCGUUGUGUUGGGUCUUACUUCUGGGUAUUUCUUGUUUCGCGCGAAGGAAUAUGAAGCUUUGAUUGUUGAAGAUACUUGUGCUUGUUCUUGAUUUUUUUUUUUUGUUAAUUUUUCUAGUUUUUGUUGUUGUAAUUUUACUUCUGAUUUCAUGUAAUUUAAUAUCUAUAUAUGUUGGUGAAUUUGUUGAAAUUCGAAUUUUGUAUAUGGAUGGAUUUGGGGUGAAUUUGAUGGAUCGACCUUUGAUAGAA